AUGGCCGAGGAGUGGGGCGACUGGCCGAUCGACGACGAGAACACGCAGCUGAUGGACCUUCAUCCCUUCUGGGACCAAGAGCCUCGGGUCAUCCCCCGUGAGUGGCACGUGACGACGAGCGCACUCGCGGCCGCAGCGCGCGCGGCGGCGUAA